UGAGAACGAAAAGAUGAUUUAGAAAAGGGGAUUUCGCGCAAGCGCAGGAAAAGCGCUAGAGGCUCUUUGUCCUUCGAGUUGUUCAAAAGAAGCGACGCUGGUAAAUUGAGUUUGGCUGAGCGAGUGGGGCUGCGUGGAAGUGCGCACGCGCCUAAAAGAGAAGAUAGAAGGCGGGUUUUCCGUCGGGUGAGUGGCGUCUCUGGCGUGUGGAUGGUUAACGGUGGUUGGAAUUGGACGCAACUUCCAGGGGACGGAGUGUGGAGGAGAACCAACAAAACAGCGCUUUGAUUUCGUUCUUGGUAUUAUUUGGACUCAGCCUCGGUUGCUAUUGCUUACUGCGGUGAGAAGUGGUGAGGUGGCCUGCGGCGCUUGAAGUCGAGGAGGCACAGGCUCUAUCUGCGGCGUAUUUGGCCCGCCGUGAGGGAGCGCUGCUGUCUCCACCGUUCCUGCUGUAGAUCCUCGUUGAAGGGUUUCUGUAAAAGCAAGAGCCGAGAAGAUAAUCGUCACCCUCGCUUACACCUCCAACUAAACUUUUUCUAGUUGUAGAGCAGUGGUUCUCAACCUGUGGGUCGCAUAUUUUUGAUGGUCUUAGGAACCGAGCCAUAAUUUUAUGAUUGGAGGUCACCACAACAUGAGGAACUGUAUUAAAGGGUCGUGGCAUUGAAGGUUGUAGAGUAUUUUCUUCCCCCAGAGCUUGUAUUACAAUCCCUGGAUACUUUUUACGGAAUUUGUGUGCUUCGGCUCCUGAUAACUUAAUGUUUGUUCCUCAAAGACUGGUGAAGAAAGGAAAACGACAUUCCUCCACCCUAUUACUGAUGGGCAGAAAACUUUCCUUAAUCUGUUUUAUUACAAUUUAUUGAGAAAUUGUGAUCCCUUCCAUCAUACAUUAGAAACAGAAUUACCAAGACCAAGAAAGUUUGGGUCUAAUAUACAAUGGAGCAUGGGAAAAUGGAUUAUUUCUGUGAACAAGUACAACAAAAAGAUGCGGGCCGCAGGUUUCAAAUUGGCCAGGAAUUUCUGGAUUAUUUGAAUGAUCCCAGCAUUUCUACUGAUCUAGAGCAGGAUCAGCAGCACCUUGAUAAAGUAAUCAAUGAAUUAACAGGAUGGGUUAACUCUAGUAAUUAUAAGGUAUCACUACUUGGAUUAGAACUCCUAGGUGCCUUUGGUGAAAGACUAUUAGGACGUUUCAGAACCUAUGUAGGAACUGUUCUCGUAGUAUUGAUGGAUCGAAUGGGAGAUGCCAAAGACCAGGUUCGAGAACAGGCACAGAAUCUUAUUUUGAAGUUAAUGGACCAAGUAGCUCCACCAAUGUUCUUUUGGGAGCGACUUGCUGCUGGCUUUAAACACAAGAAUUAUCGUUCACGAGAAGGCGUGUGUCUGUGUCUUGUUGCAACAUUAAAUGCUUAUGGUGCACACUCACUAAUUCUCAGCAAACUGGUGCCACACUUAUGUAUUUUGUCUGGAGACUCAAGUAACCAGGUGAGAGACGCUGCAAUUUUGGCACUUGUGGAGAUUUACAAACAUGUAGGAGAAAAAGUAAGAAUAGAUCUUAACAAGAGAGGAAUUCCUGCUGGAAGAUUGCAAACAAUAUUUGUGAAAUUUGAUGAAAUAAAAAAUAGUGACAGAAUGAUUUCAAGCAGUAUCAAUGAUAAAAGCUUUGAUGAUGAAGAAUCAGUGGAUGGAAAUAGGCCAUCUGCAACUGCUUCAGGUUUCAAGGUCCCUGCACCUAAAAAACCUGGAAAUCCUUCAAAUACUACAAGAAAGCCAGGAUCUGCUGGUGGGCCCAAAGUUGUAGGCACUACCAAGGAAGGAGGAGCUGGUGCUGUUGAUGAAGAUGAUUUCAUAAAGGCAUUUACAGAUGUUCCUACUGUACAGAUAUAUUCUAGUCGUGAACUUGAAGAAACACUAAAUAAAAUCAGGGAAAUCUUGUCAGAUGAUAAACAUGAUUGGGAUCAGCGCACUAAUGCGCUUAAGAAGGUCAGGUCAUUACUUGUUGCUGGAGCUGCGCAAUAUGAUGGCUUUUUCCAGCAUUUACGACUGUUGGAUGGAGCAUUUAAAUUAUCUGCUAAAGAUCUCAGAUCACAGGUGGUUAGAGAAGCAUGCAUCACAGUAGCCCAUCUUUCAACAGUUCUGGGAAACAAGUUUGACCAUGGAGCAGAAGCCAUUGUGCCUACUCUAUUUAACCUGGUCCCUAAUAGCGCCAAAGUAAUGGCAACUUCUGGAUGUGCAGCUAUUAGAUUUAUUAUCCGUCAUACACAUGUGCCAAGACUCAUACCUUUAAUAACCAGCAACUGUACCUCAAAAUCUGUGGCAGUAAGGAGGCGCUCUUUUGAAUUUCUAGACCUAUUGUUGCAAGAAUGGCAAACCCAUUCUUUGGAAAGGCAUGCAGCUGUUCUGGUUGAAACUAUCAAGAAGGGCAUUCAUGAUGCUGAUGCUGAGGCAAGAGUGGAGGCACGAAAGACUUAUCUAGGCCUAAGAAAUCAUUUUCCUGGUGAGGCAGAAGUUCUGUAUAAUAGUCUUGAACCAUCCUAUCAAAGAAGUCUCCAGACUUACUUAAAGAAUUCUGGUAGCAUUGCAUCACUUCCACAAUCAGACAGGUCAUCUUCCAGCUCACAAGAAAGUCUAAACCGUCCUUUCUCUUCAAAAUGGUCCACUGCCAGUUCUUCAAGUAUGACUAACAGAGUUUCAAGUGGUAGCAAAGCUGCUCUGACCCUAGGAACACUGCAGAGGUCUUGCAGUGAUAUUGAUGUUAAUGCUGCCGCUGGGGCAAAGGCACGUCAUGCCACGUCAGGAACUGGUCGCUUAGCAACUGCUGGUCUACCUCCAGGAUCAUAUGCUUCACUAGAGGAUACUUCUGAUAAGAUGGAUGGGCGUGUGCGAACCAAGCUUUCAACACCCUGUAUUGGAGUAGGAAAUUCAAAGACAGAUUCCAGGGGCCGGAGUCGAACAAAAGUUGUAUCUCAGUCUCAACGUUCAUCAUCGCCAGACAAAAAUGAAGCUGGAAGCCGUUCUGGUUCUCCUGGAAGAGUUUUGACUACAACUACACUUUCAACUAUGAAUACAGGUGUUCAGAGAGUAGUAGUCAGCCCUGCAACAGCACAAAAACGGAGCAAGAUUCCUCGAAGCCAAGGAUGCAGCAGAGAAGCCAGUCCUUCAAGAUUGUCUGUUGCUCGAGGUAGUCGCAUUCCUCGGCCUAGUGUAAGUCAGGGGUGCAGUCGGGAAGCCAGUCGGGAAAGUAGCAGGGAUACAAGCCCUGUUCGCUCUUUUGCACCCCUUGGUUUUGGAAUUAGUCAAUCAAGCCGAUUAUCUUCAUCAGUUAGUGCCAUGCGUGUCUUAAACACAGGCUCAGAUGUUGAAGAAGCAGUAGCAGAUGCCUUGCUGUUAGGAGACAUUCGGACAAAGAAAAAGCCAGUUCGAAGGAGGUAUGAAUCUUAUGGAAUGUACUCUGAUGAUGAUGCUAACAGUGAUGCUUCCAGUGCCUGCUCAGAAAGAUCCUAUAGCUCACGGAAUGGCACAAUACCCACCUAUAUGCGACAGACAGAGGAUGUCGCUGAGGUCCUUAACCGCUGUGCAAGCUCCAACUGGUCAGAGAGAAAAGAAGGUCUUCUUGGUCUACAAAAUUUAUUAAAAAAUCAGAGGACAUUAAGUCGUGUUGAAUUAAAAAGAUUGUGUGAAAUCUUCACAAGGAUGUUUGCUGAUCCUCAUAGCAAGAGAGUGUUCAGCAUGUUUUUGGAAACAUUAGUAGAUUUUAUCCAAGUUCAUAAAGAAGAUCUACAGGAUUGGCUAUUUGUGCUGCUGACCCAGCUUCUGAAAAAAAUGGGUGCUGACUUGUUGGGAUCUGUACAAGCAAAAGUUCAGAAGGCUUUAGAUGUGACAAGGGAAUCAUUUCCAAAUGAUCUUCAAUUCAGUAUUUUAAUGCGGUUUACUGUUGAUCAGACCCAAACACCAAGUCUGAAGACAGUCAAGCCAGCACUGCAGGACCAGCUUCGUUCUUUUUGGAGCUCCAAGGUGAAAGUUGCAAUCCUUAAAUACAUAGAGACACUUGCACAACAGAUGGAUCCAGGAGAUUUUGUAAAUUCAAGUGAAACUCGUCUGGCGGUAUCUCGAAUUAUUACUUGGACAACAGAACCCAAAAGUUCAGAUGUUAGGAAGGCUGCACAAUCAGUGCUGAUUUCUCUUUUUGAACUCAAUACUCCUGAAUUUACAAUGCUGUUGGGUGCUUUACCAAAAACAUUUCAAGAUGGUGCCACAAAGUUGCUUCACAGUCACCUCCGGAAUACAGGCAGUGGGGGACAGGGUCCCAUGGGAAGCCCAUUAACAAGGCCUGUUCCACGCUCACCAGCUAGUUGGUCUAGCCCCAUCACUUCACCAACCAAUACAUCCCAGAACACAUUAUCACCAAGUGCAUUUGAUUACGAUUCUGAAAAUAUGAAUUCAGAAGAUAUAUAUAGUUCUCUCCGUGGAGUGACUGAAGCAAUUCAGAACUUCAGCUUCCGCAGUCAGGAGGAUAUGAAUGAACCUAUGAAAUGGGAUUCAAAAAAAGAAGAUGGUGAUUCAAUUUGCAGUGGCUCUGGAAUGGUAGAUCUACGAACAGGAGCUGGUGUGAUUGAUACAGGCCGAACAGCUCUUGACAACAAAACUUCAUUAAUUAACACUAUGCCUCCUCAUUCCUCCCCACGGUCACGUGAUUAUAAUCCAUACAAUUAUUCUGAUAGUGUUGGUUCUUUUAAUAAAUCAGCUUUAAAAGAGGCUAUGUUUGAUGAUGAUGCGGAUCAGUUUCCUGAUGAACCUUCCCUGGACCAUUCUGAUCGAGUUGCAGAAUUGCUAAAGGAAUUAUCAAACCAUAACGAGAGAGCUGAAGAACGGAAAGCUGCUCUUUAUGAGCUAAUGAAAUUGACUCAGGAGGAGUCCUUUGGUGUUUGGGAUGAGCACUUCAAAACAAUUCUUCUUUUGUUACUUGAAACUCUUGGAGACAAAGAGUAUGCAAUUAGAGCCCUGGCACUAAAAGUCCUAAGAGAAAUUUUAAGACAUCAACCAGCAAGAUUUAGAAAUUAUGCAGAACUCACAAUAAUGAAGACUUUAGAAGCUCAUAAGGACCCUCAUAAGGAGGUGGUAAGAUCAGCUGAAGAGGCUGCUACUAUGCUGGCCACAUCUAUUAGUCCAGAUCAAUGUAUCAAAGUACUUUGUCCCAUCAUUCAAACAGCAGAUUAUCCUAUAAAUCUGGCUGCAAUCAAAAUGCAGACAAAAGUUAUUGAAAGAGUACCUAAAGAAAUUCUUGCUCAGCUUUUGCCAGAGAUAGUUCCAGGUUUAAUACAGGGCUAUGAUAACUCUGAAAGCAGCGUUCGAAAGGCAUGUGUCUUCUGCCUUGUAGCUAUUCAUGCAGUAAUUGGUGAUGAGCUGAAGCCACAUCUUAGUCAACUCACUAGCAGCAAAAUGAAAUUGUUGAAUCUUUAUAUCAAGCGUGCACAAACAGGAUCUGGAACAGGUGAUGCCUCAGCAGAUGUUCCAGGACAAAGCUAGUAAUCCUGAAAUCCAUCUUUUAACUAAGAGGAAAGACACAUCAUAAAAGGAAAAUUCGCAAAUGCAUUUUUGGCGCUUUUCUCUCUCUCAAUCUUUUUUCCCUUAAUGAAGGGCUGCUUAGCCUGCAUGUGACUGUUCCAGUAAUUCCAUAUCUAAGGGGAAAGACAGUAUUAAUAUCACUUGACUGAAGCAAAUUAUUUUUUUUUAACUAACACAUCAUGUUUUCUGUUUGCACUCCUCUGUGUGUCUUUCCACUAAUUUUUUUUAAUGUACUUUUAGAAACUAAUUAAACAGGAAUGCUUUCAAAUUUAAAUUUCCUCAUUUUUACUCAACUGCAAAGUAACGUGGCUUUUCCUUCCUGGUUUUAAUAAUCAGAUGCUUCUGCUUGGAUGCACAAAGUGGGAAAACAGAGAAUGAUAGAUUGAGCUCAGCCCCAACUAGACCAGUCUCAUUACCAAAGAGACAUCUUCAUAUCUUAUCAUAAUGCCAACAGCAGCAGCAGAAAGCAGUGCUUGAUUGAUCAAUCGUUGAAUGUUUGUCAUAUAAACAAAAAUUCAAUGCAGAUUAGGAGGACAACUCUGUCUUUCUAUAUGGAAAUCUAUAUAGAAUAUAGUAUGGCAAAACUGGAUUGUAUAGCAUCCUACUUUCCUAGAUCAGGGUAAGUAAAAUCACUUAAUGGAUAUGAACCUGUAUCACCACCUUCAAGCAAGAUGGUUUGGAAUAGAAUGCUUUGUAUCAUUUGUCAGUAUAAUACUUCCUCUCAACCUAAUUAUUGAAAGCAAUACUUCUGUCAAUCUCAUUCACAUAAAAAUAUAUGACAGGACUGGAAUAAAUUGUUUCACAAUGAUAUGUUGCAAGAUUGGAGAUUAGUGCACUGAUUAUUUUAAAGGCAUGGGAAUGGGAAAAACUCACAAGUAUUACAGAUUUUAAAAUUAUAGUUUGGAGUUUAAUUUGAAUCAGGAAAUGGCCCUAAAUUCAUUGCAUGGUUAUCUUAAGAUUAUGUUGAACUGGUGUUAUUGCAGCCAUCUGGACUAUAAGAUAUGGAAAUGUUUUCAGGUUGUUUCUGUAAUCGUUUAAAAAGUUUAUUGUGAAUAAUGCAUCCUUAUAUUUAUGGACUGAAUAGUCAAAGAGAGAAUGAAACUAAAACUACUUCCAUCAGACAAAAAUACCAAGCUUCUUAGCUGGGGAAUGAGAAUAAAAUCUGUACCCAGAUGGAACCCACAAUACUUGGAAUAACUCAUUGUUGAAUUAUCUUGUUUUAGGGAUUGUGUAUUUACAGGAGAGAUUAUAGCAAUGCUAAGGAUGAUGGGUUUUUCUGCUAGAUUAAGAUUCUGACUACCUCUUCAGGGUAAAUACUUUUGACUAAGCUGCUAUCCAUAA